CUCCCGGCUCCCCCACCGCCUCAACGAUUCAAGCUCUUCUUUCUUUUCUUUCAUCCUUCCCUCCUCAUUAACAUCCAGAGACCCAAGUCGUCUUCCAAGUUCCACCUCUGUAAAAUAUUAGCCUUUCUCCAGCCCAUUAACUUCUUCUUCUUCUUCCCACUAGUUGGACCUCUCCAAAAGCCGUAUAACCAUUUACCCCCUUCUCUCUCUCUCUCUCUCUCGGUGGUGCUCUGUGGACAACGAACGCAGGUCAGUUAUUUCAUUAACUUUCCUUCUUUAUGUUUUCAUCUGUUCUUGAUCCUGUAUGCUUAAAUGAUCUCUGUAGGUUUGUCGAGAAAAUGUAUUGCAAGUGGUGAACUUGGGAAGUGAAUUGUUGACAAUGUAAUGGAUUUUUUCUUUAAAGCAUGGAUUUUCAACUAGGCAAGAUUUUGAAGAGUCUUAAGAAAUUCAAGUCUGGAUCCCAUUUACCGGUUUGUUGUUGAUUCCUUUCUGUUACUCAGCAUUCGGGAAAUAAAGAAUGAACACGAAAAAUGGGGGUUGAUAAACAGAGGUUGUGUAGAAGUAGAACAGAGCUUAAAGGUGGAGUCUCUAAAGUCUAAACACUGGUAGGAAUAUGGAAGACUCCCAUCUUUUGUCUUUUGUUCAGGGUAAUCAAGGGAAUUUGUCUUCUUUUCCGGGGAGUCAAUCAAUGAUCUGAAAGGGGUUUCCCUUCAUUUCCACUGUGUUGUUCUUAAAAACAGAACCGUGAGGCAAGCUCUGCUUUUGAACCUUGUUUGGGCAUUUCUUCGAACGGGGAAUUUUUUUUUUUUAAACUGAGCUCGGCGGAGAGAUGGUGGUCAGUGUCUCCCGGCGGCGCGUGAGGUUGCAGUUUCUUACGCGAGAGAGCUGUCGGAGUGGACUGCGCUGGGAAUAAGACAGUACCGCCACUUUUUCUGAGAAGGGCACUGUUUGGGCACAGAAGGAGGAAUAUCUUUGAAACGGAAAAGAAAAGAUUUUUUGUUUUGAAAGUGAGUUUCUUUUUCACUGCCCAAGAAAACAUUUGGCAUGGCAUGGACCAACAUGUUUAAAGACUAGAAGCUCCACCAUCGAAUCGAUACAUAUUGGGGAGAGAGCGGGGUCUUCUGUUUUUGGGAAGUGGGUGGAGGUAAAAAACAAAAUUUGAAUUUGAAAUUCUUGUUUGGGUUUUUCAAACUAGAGGAGCCAAAAUUGUCUUCAUCUUGAUUCUUGAUCCUCCCUAAAUUAAUUUUAGAAUUUGUACCCAAGUCACCAUUGUCAAACUUAUAAUAAACUAUUUAAGUUCAAUGAAUAUCCCUAUUUGUCCUUAUAACUAGGAAAGUUUCGAUAUGGGAAUCAAGCUCGUUGUAAUCUCCUGAUAACGAAUUGAUGCUAGGAGAAGAACUAGAGGGUGAAUUCAAGCAAAAUUGAGAGGGUUUACGACAUAGUUGAGGAGGAAUAUACUAUAGGUUGUGAAAGAACUGAGAUUGAAUUGAGGAUUAUAAACAUUGAGAAGUUGAACGAAAUGGCUACUUAGAAUUCUUGUUAUUCCAUUUACUCGAAGCACGGUCUCGUCUAUCCCCAUGGUAUGUAUGAACUAGUUGACCCACCAGCCCCUUUGAUGCACAUUCUGCAGGAUGAUCAACGAGGUAUGGUUUUACCUCGGAACAUUGUCCAUCUCCCCCAAACCCCCCUGUAACUCUUUCUUUGUUCUUGGCUUUUGCCUCCAAUCGAUCAAAAAACUAAAUAGCUAACCUGCCUUAUUGUUUUUGUCCCUUUCGAUGCUUGUCUUCGGACGCGCUAUCUAUGGAAUUGGUCAUUACAAAGAAAAAAGAGCAUAGUACAGAACAGAAUGGUCAUUCCAAAGGGGGGAAAAAAAGGAAUGUGUACAGAACAUGAAGAUCCAAAGGAGUAAAUGAAAGGGGAAUGAACACCAUAUUAUUAUCAUUAUUGGAGUACAGGUAUAGAGGAAAUUCAAUGGCAAAGAGGUGAUUGCCAGACUGCCAAAGUGGGUCUAUGGUUAGGUAGACAUAUAUAAUAAGUAGGUUGGGGGUCCUUGGAGGUGAUUAUCCAUGUUAGUGAGCAGUUAUUGUUGUCUUCUGAAUGAUUGAGUCCUUGAUCAGGAAAUGAGAAAUGAAAACCACAUUAUUAGAAAGUAAAGCAUGUUGCAGCUGGAACCAAAUCAGUAAUCAGUUUUAAAGAAAUGGUUUAUUAGAUGGUAAUGAGCUAGCUGAUUAGGAUUGAAUUUGAUAAAUUAUCCUUUUGUCUAGGUGUUGAUUGUUUACUUUCUUUCACUUUUCUGAUACUGUUUCACACAUAAUCUCCACCAGGUUGUGCAGUCAUCUCCUACUUAACACAGCCAGUUUGGAGGACUUUUAGCCUUCAAUCUUUGUUCCUUUAGAGAUUGAGCCAAUGCCAAGAUCAAGGUCAGCAAACCUCUAUCCCCUGGAUUCGUAAUCGAGAUAGUGGUGUGAACUCGUCACGACCAAAAUCACCAAUUUCGUCCCAACAAGUAAAUCGUAAUAUUGGUAGAAUCACAAUGUUAAACCCGGAAAAAAUGAUAAUGAUGAUUUAUUAGAACGAAUUUGAUGUUUAUAUAUUGGGAGAGUGAUCCGUCUUGCCUAAUGCCGGAUUUAUGCUUUCUUUCAUGUUUGUGUCAAUAGUAGGGGGUCUUCAGAAAUGCCUCAGAGGCAAUCGUCACGAGGCCCGCACCCAUUAAGAACAUCAGCCACCUCCGACUCUGGGGGCGCCACCACCGACCGAAGCCCGAAGGUCUCCGACCACCGUGGCGGGCCACCAUUGCAGCAGAGGAAGCUCGGCACACGAAUCGCCGAUCUCGAGUCACAACUGGGACAAGCUCAGCAAGAGCUCAAGGGUCUGAAACAGCAACUGGCCACCGCAGAGGCCGCCAAGAAUGAAGCGCAGAAGGAGCUCGAGAACAAGUCCAGUAAGAAAUCAACCCGGCCCAAUCCACAACCAGAGGAGGUAGCAGGAGGAGGAGAAGAAGGAGCAAUUCCGCCGCUGGCAGAGGAAAUCGACGUGUUUGAAGUUCCUGCGGUGGAAAUUAUUAAGGGCGACACACCAAAUCAUCCUACCUCCCCUGGAGAAGACAUUGCCCUGAAGAAGCAGGAAGAGGAGAUGAAGGAGCUUAGAGCGAAGCUGGAGGAGAGAGAGAAGGAGCUAUUGGAAUCGAAUCAGGAGCUGAGAAAGCAGCUUGAUGAGGCGGCUUCUAGGAUUGAAUGUGGCAAGGCCAAGGAAGAGGAGUUGCGUUCGAGGUUGAGUCGAGUGGAGGAAGAGGUGGAGGCGAGCAGAGGCAAUGCCGCGGAGUUGGCGUGCCAGCUGGAGGCAGUGAAGGAAGGGAAGCAAGUGUUGGAAUGUGAGAUGAAGAGGAUGAGAGUUCAGACGGAGCAGUGGAGGAAAGCGGCCGAUGCAGCUGCUGCAGUGCUAGCCGGCGGGUUUGUUGUUUCUGAUCAGAUUCAGAGGUGUGCUUCCAUGGAGAAGCACUUGGGCGGGUAUGGUGCUGGCUACGUGGGAUCCCCUGGAUUUGGUGAUGAUAGUAUGGAUGAAGGAUAUGGAAGUGGCGGGAAGCAGAGAAAGGGUUCUUCAGGGAUUAAGAUGUUUGGUGACCUGUGGAAAAGGAAGACAGGGAAGUGAAACGUGAGUCCCGUAUUUCUAUGUAAUAUAAUGAUGAGUAGCAUGUUUGAAAGUUAAUGCAGAAGAAGAAUGGUUGUAUUUGUUAAAUGGCUGCUCGCCAUGCAAGUAAUGUUUGUUGAUGGAGAAGAACAGUUGAUGAAUGAUGGUAUAUCCCAUGACGUUGAAUAUCUCAGCUGGCCAGUAUCCAAUGGCUUGUUUCUCAUCAAUAAUGAACAGGCUCAGCC